CGUCCCCUGCGCUCUCCCGCUCCGCACCCGCCCUCCUCCACCACGAUGCUGCGAUCUCAUUCCCUUUGGGCCCUCCUGCUAGUUACCGCAGUCUUCCACCAAGCCUGCGCCUUGGUCAAGAGCUGCGACCCAAACAACAUCUUCUGCUUCUAUGCUGCGGUCCGUGGCGACCUCGUCGACUUUACCCUGGAGACAGAUUCAUCGUACUCCUACGCUGCUAUUGGUAUCGGCCAGCAGAUGGCCAUGUCUCAGAUCAUGGUCACUUGGGUCGGCCCGAACGGCAGCACCAUCCUGUCGGACCGCUUUGCUGUCGACCAGGUGGAGCCGCUGGUCGUCAAAAACCAAGGCCUCAUCCCCGAAAACAAGUCAGUCUUUAUCGAGCCCCCGGCCCCCAGCAAGUCCUCGCUCUACCAGUACAACAAGCGCAACAUCUCCGUUAUCACUCAAACUCCAUUCAUCUGGGCCGUCGGACCCUCUGGCGUGACAGUCGGAAGCAACUUUGCCAACGGAACCAUCCAGCUCCAUUCGGCUGCCGGAGUUCUCUGGGUCGACGUUGCCGGAGCCAGCAACGUUGCCUCUGAUGCCACUCUGCGCUCUGGUCUUGUCGCUGGCCUCUCGUUUGCUCUCGUUGCGCUGCUUUCGUGCGUCGUGCUGCUUUGAGCAGCCGUGCUCGAGCCUCUUGCCCACGGCUCGUACCGCAGAGUAGCAUAUGUCUACUUGGCAUAGUGUACCAUAUCUCCCUCUCCUGUUCGUCCUGCGUCUGUUCAUCUUUUGUUGUGUUCUCACUGUCGUAAAAUGCGU